AUGCUAUGUAAAAUAGAAAAAAAAAGAAUUUAGAAAUUUUUGAUAAUCAUCAAUAUGCUUAUUAAACUUCUCUAAGUUAUGUAAAGGCAGGAUUAUUAAUAAAAUUAAGAAAUUGAAUUAAUUACAAUAAAAAGAAAUAAAAUUUGCUAAAUAUAGUAAAAUAAGAAAGGAAGACAGAAAAAAAUCAGAUAAAAAGGAUACAAAGAAACUCAUUAUUAUAUAAUGGAAUAAAUGGAAGAUUAAAAAUAAUAGAAGAAAAGAGAAUAGUAAUAAAAAUCAUAAGAAUUGAAGUAUUAUGGAAUUGAUGAUGAAUAAAAUAAAAGAGAAGAUCAUGAUAAUCUUAAAGAAAGAAAGAAAAUUUUACAUAAUUUAGACAAGAUCUGAU